CCGCCUCGCCGGCCGGGCUGCUCCAGCCCCCACUGCCGUUCCACCUCGCUCGCUUAGCAGGUCAAUGAAUAGCCCGCGGCUUGAGGCUGAGGAGCCCGGCUCUGGAAUCGUCCUCGAAUCCCUGCCUAGCAAACAUGCGCCUCUGCACUUUCUCUGAUUCCCCAGCCAGGAACGUAGCUGCUUGAGAAGUUGGAAAAACCGGGAGGACUAACAGGGGCGUGUAAAGCAAUCCGGAGCUACAGACGGAGGGAACAAUUGUCUGUGCAAAAAUUACUUCUCGAUAUUAUAUAAGAUGGAGAGGGAUGGGCUUGUGGUAUGAGCAGAAGAGUUAGAGAACCCAAGGUUCUGUGAUCAGCUCUGACAUCAGUUCUCCCUGUGGCUUUGGAUGGAAAUUCUGUAUGAAUGUGAAAACCAUUAGCAGAGUAAUUGCUGUCUAUUACCAUGACAACCAGCCACUGCAGUCACCUGCCUGAAGUCUUACCAGACUGCACCAGUUCAGCUGCUCCCCUAGUAAAGACGGUGGAGGAUUGUAGCAGUCUUGUGAAUGGACAGCCGCAGUAUGUCAUGCAAGUUUCAGCCAAGGACGGGCAGCUUCUGUCAACAGUAGUAAGGACUCUUGCCACACAGAGCCCUUUCAAUGACAGGCCAAUAUGCAGGAUCUGCCAUGAAGGCAGCAGUCAGGAAGACCUGCUCUCUCCAUGUGAAUGUAUGGGAACCCUGGGGACUAUUCAUCGCAGCUGCCUGGAGCGUUGGCUGUCCUCUUCAAAUACCAGUUACUGUGAACUCUGCCACUUCAGGUUUGCAGUAGAGCGCAAACCCAGGCCGUUAGUAGAGUGGCUAAGAAACCCAGGCCCACAACAUGAGAAACGGACUCUGUUUGGAGACAUGGUGUGCUUCUUGUUUAUAACUCCACUGGCGACCAUCUCUGGCUGGUUGUGUCUGCGGGGAGCGGUGGACCAUCUGCACUUUAGUAGUAGGCUAGAAGCUGUUGGCCUCAUUGCACUCACUGUCGCACUCUUCACUAUUUACCUCUUUUGGACACUAGUGUCAUUUAGGUACCACUGUAGAUUAUACAAUGAAUGGCGUCGGACCAAUCAGAGGGUGAUACUCCUAAUUCCAAAAUCUGUCAGCGUUCCUUCUAACCAGCAGUCAUUGCUGGGCCUUCAUUCAGUCAAAAGGAACUCAAAGGAGACAAUCGUUUGAUUUUGGCAGUUCUGCACUGGAGUCAUGCACUAAAUAGACUUUCUUAAACCCAUGGGCUCUGAUUCCAUCCAGAACCUGGUACAGUGCUAUUCCAAUUUACAAACUCUUUACAGACGAAGAAAUCAUUGUUUUAAUUCAAAUCAUGGAUGCUGCAAUCAUAUGAUAUUUGCUAAGCUGCCAAACAUGUUUAAUUAGCAGAUACUGUAUGGAAUUCUACAAACUCAUGUUAAUACCUGCCUUGUCAGUGAUGCAAGCCCUCCUUUUUUAUUAUUGUUUAAAAAUAUUAAAACUAUGAUAAUUAACAAUGCAAAAACAAA